UCAAUGCUUUCGUUUUCGUGCCAUUGAAACAGAAGCUCGAGAAAUUCUUUCAAUAUCUUUCCUCUCUUAUUUUUAUAUCACGUCUCUAAGAAUCCUACAAAAGAAAUCCAGAAAUCCGUUUUUUAACGGUUUCCCAACUCUGCCAGCCUGAAGAUAAAAAACAAACCUCCAACGGCUCUCCAACAUCCAACAACCGUUCAUACCAUCAUAUCCUUCCUCGACGCCUUAUAUACUAUUUUGUUCUUAUUAUUCGUCCAUUGAUUCACAUAUCACGACUGUUCUUCCCUCAGAGCUAAUUUUUCCCCAUUCCACUUCACAAUGUCGGUCGCAACAAUGCUCCAGCCCGCGUCGAGGGCCUCGCGGGCCUCGACAACCUCUUCUGCCUCCUCCUUCCAACCCGUCUCCAGGCAAAAUACAUUCUCCUCCCAUGAUACCCGCUCUGUUAGGCAAUCAAAAAGAAUGUCUGUCACGGCACUAUACCUGUCAAUGUCAGCGAAGGAGAAGGACUUGGAAAUUUCAGAUGACCUAGCAAAAGCCCAAAGAACUCUGCGCGAGCUGAAGUCGAAGAUAUCCUCGCAAUCUAAGAAGAACUUCGUGCUGGAAAAGGAUGUUCGCUAUCUUGACUCGCGAAUUGCGCUUCUAAUUCAGAAUCGAAUGGCUUUGGAAGAACAAAACGAAGUGGCCAGCCAUCUUGAGGAUGCGAAUGAUCUACAAGAGGGCUUCUUUCCGAAUGACGACAAGACCCAGAAAUAUGGAAACCUCCUCUUCCUUUUACAAUCCGAACCCCGCCAUAUCGCCCAUCUAUGUCGCCUGGUGACAAUGGCUGAAAUCGAUUCACUGCUUCAGACAGUCAUGUUCACCAUCUACGGCAACCAAUAUGAAAGUCGAGAGGAGCACUUGCUAUUAACCAUGUUCCAGUCAGUCCUAACCUACCAAUUCGAUAAUACCCCAGAAUACUCCUCUCUCUUACGCCAAAACACCCCUGUUUCCCGCAUGAUGACUACAUACACCAGGCGAGGCCCCGGACAGGCUUAUUUGAAACAGGUAUUGGCCGAUCAGAUCAAUUCUCUCAUCGAGUUAAAUGACGUCGAUCUGGAAAUCAACCCGUUGAAAGUGUAUGAGACUAUGGUACAGCAAAUCGAAGCAUCCACCGGAUCUCUUCCACCAUAUUUGGAAAAAUCAGUCACUGCAGAGGUAGCGGCAGAAAACGAACAAGUUCAGCAGAUCAUUACCCCGCGGCUAAAGAUGCUGACAGACAUUGCAAAUACUUUCCUGGAAACCAUCAUUCAGGGUCUUGAGGAAACCCCUUACGGUAUUCGAUGGAUUUGCAAGCAGAUCCGAAGUUUAUCGAGACGAAAAUACCCCGAUGCUCAGGACCAGACUAUUUGUACGUUGAUUGGCGGCUUUUUCUUUUUGCGAUUCAUCAACCCUGCCAUCGUUACACCUCGAUCGUACAUGCUCAUUGAGGCCACGCCGUCCGACAAACCCCGCCGCACCCUUACCUUGGUCGCCAAGAUGCUGCAGAACCUGGCGAAUAAACCGUCCUAUGCCAAGGAGCCUUAUAUGGCCAAACUCCAACCGUUCAUUCAUGAUAACAAAGAGCGAGUGAACAAGUUCCUGCUAGACCUUUGCGAAGUUCAAGACUUUUACGAGAGUUUGGAAAUGGAUAACUAUGUAGCGUUGUCGAAACGUGAUUUAGAGCUCCAGAUCACCCUGAACGAAGUCUACGCUACGCACGCACUUCUCGACAAACAUUGCGCUUCUCUAGCGGCUCAAGACCAGCAUUCCCACCUGAGCCAUUUGUUACAGGAACUCGGCCCGGCCCCACCGCAGCUACCGCGCAAGGAAAACCGAACAAUCAAUCUCCCGCUGUUUAGCAAAUGGGAAACAGCCAUUGAUGACUUGACUUCCGCGCUAGAUAUUACUCAAGAGGAAGUUUACUUCAUGGAAGCCAAAUCAACCUUUGUCCAGAUCAUGCGCUCCCUACCACAUAACACAUCCGUAACUCGGCGACCACUUCGACUCGACCGGAUAGCCGAAGCAGCAGCCACGCUAAAGAACGAUGCCGUCAUGGUUAGAAAGGGGAUACGUACCAUGGAGCUCUUAAGCCAACUACAGGAGCUUGGCGUCAUCGAUCGAUCGGAUGAUUUCAGCCUGUUGCGCGAUGAGGUGGAACAGGAACUUGUGCAUCUAGGCUCCCUAAAGGAGAAAGUCAUCGAAGAAACUCGGAAGCUAGAUGAGGUAUUCCGCACGAUACGCGACCACAAUGCCUACCUCGUUGGCCAGCUGGAGACAUACAAAUCUUACCUGCAUAAUGUGCGCAGCCAGUCCGAGGGCAAGCAGCGGAAACAGCAGAAACAUCAGGAGCUGGGCCCGUAUAAGUUUACGCAUCAACAGCUGGAGAAGGAAGGGGUGAUUCGCAAGAGUAAUGUUCCGGAAAACCGGAGGGCGAACAUUUAUUUUAUGUUUAAGAGCCCCCUGCCGGGGACCUUUGUGAUCAGCUUGCAUUAUAAGGGUCGUGCACGAGGUCUUCUAGAACUAGACCUGAAACUCGACGAUCUUCUGGAGAUGCAGAAGGAUAACCAGGAAGAUCUUGAUCUGGAAUACGUCCAGUUCAACGUCUCCAGGGUUCUUUCGUUGCUAAACAAACGGUUCGCGCGGAAGAAGGGGUGGUAAGGAGAGAAGAACGGUUUUCUCCAAAAAAAUAAAUAAAAAGUUUAAAAAAAAAAAGACCACCUGACGACCUCCAACCGCCCUUGAAGAAGAGAAGACGGGGAGCCAAAACGCCCCUCGAAGCAUGACCUGAUGUAAUAUUUUGUGGCUUAUCACUUGCUGCUACGUUGGGUUCUCCCCUUUUUUUUCAAUUAUCGAACGGAACGAAUAUGUUGAUGAGCAAAAGAAUGAAUGAGAAAAUCCAAGAAUAGUAGGCAUAUGCGAAAGUAAAGGUGGAAAAAAAGACAGAAAGCGCAUCCAAUCGCAUCCGACCCCAACCGAGUCAAUGCAUUCUCUCCUUCCUGCUCUAUGCCUGAUGUCUUCAAUACUUCCAAAACGGCAAAAGGGAGCGGCUGGAGGAGGUAUCUUUGAGCUUGAAGACGCGGUGUUGCUCUUUUUUCUCUACCCGGCCUCUGCGUAUGCCAUUUCCACCUUUUCAAGCAAAUCUGGGAAACAAUGAACUGCGUCGGAUUUUAUAUUUUUACUUUAUAUCCCCCCCUCAUCUCUGGAGUGUUUAACUGGUAUGGUUUCUGUCUAGUCUCCUUUUUGAUGCCUCUUUUUCAAAGUUUCUGAUGUUGCCCUGAUUUGUUCUUUGUGUACGUUUGUCCUGGGUUGUCUUGCUAUGUCUUAUUUGUGUCAUUCCUCUCUGCUAUGUUUUGCCUUUUUUUUCUGACUGUGAUUAUUUGAUAUCCCCUUUUCUUUCUCUUUUCUUUCUUCAUCCCCUCAACCUGGUUACGUAUCCCCGGCGUAUUUUCAACAUUCUCAAGUAUUCGAAAAUUUCCCCAGCCUCCCCGUUUCCCAAUGCCAGAUUUCUCAAAUUACGCCCUCCAUUCAUCCAUUCCGAACGCCAAUCGGGGUCUUCCUCUUGAACACACCACGACGGCUUGCCCCCUCGGAUGAAAAUAUGUAUCCCGUGGGAGAAACGAAUAUAACGAAAUUACAUGUCUUCUCUCCACAUGCACACCCACAGACCUACACCCACGCACGCGCACACACAAACGCAGAUACGCACAUACGCAUACCCAUGCCUAUACAUAUAUCAUACGUACCUGUCCAUAUACCCUGCAAAGGCGGAAAUGGGCGAUGAACGCCAGCUUGUUUAUUUCCUCUGGAAGGAUAAAUAAUACAAAGCCCGCUUAUUAUAAAUAACCCAUUUUCUCUUCCGAUAUCUCUCUCAUCUCUCCUCUCCUCUCUCGCCCUCUGGUUUUUUCAGUACAACAUCGUACGAUCCGCUGUUUAUCUUAAAAAAAAAAAAAAGAAAAGAAAAGAAAAGAAAAGAAAAGAAAAGAAAAGAAAAGACUUUGUUCCUUUAUUUUCAUUUUUAUUUUUCUUUUCAUUUCAGCCUGCAGAUUGUGCAACGAUGCAUUGUCUCAUACCAUUUUGUUGCCUGCCCCCGCUUCGCUAGCCAUCUUACCCUGUUUUCAGGUUGGGGCUCCCUUUCUGUGGUUGUUUUUGUUGAUUUACCCCUUUUUUGCUUCUUCAUCUUUCUAUCUCACCAGUAAUACUCUCUUUCUUUAUAUCUCUACCAUGUCUAUUUGAUAUCCCUGUAUUUUUUUUUUUUUUUUGCUUGAGACGUCUUGCUAUGGCCUUUUUUUCCCCUUCAUCUCAAAGACAAACCUUUUUAAUUUUUCAUUUUUUACCGGUUCGUCUUAUCUUACCAUCUUCAUUUCCCUCAGCUCUGGUUUUAUUUUUAUUUUUAUUUUAUUUUAUUUUUUUUCAUUUUUUGUGUGUAAUAUUAUUAUUCAACACAGGCGGCAAGGGGAGGUAGGGUUGUGGCUCUUUUGCUGCUUUUUGUUUGUUCUCUUCUGUUUCUCUUUUCAGUUUAUUCAUUUUGUUUUAUUUUACUUUAUUAUUUCAUCUGAUCCCCGAUCCUCCAUACAUAUACAUAUACAUAUACAUAUGCAUACACAUACACAUACACACACACAUACAUAAAGCUAAGCACUUAGCUAGGUCUAAGGCUGAGAGUAUUUAUUCUGAUGAUAGUUAAUUUAUAGCUGAUCUAAGUGGUUAACUUGAAGGGUUUGAUGCCUGUGUCACUUGAAAGAGUUGUGGAGAAAGAAAAGCAACUUGAAGGAACAUGGACCUUUUCCCCCAAUUUUUUUUUUUU